AGAUAAGAUAGGAGAGCUGAGAGUGCGUUGCUAUCUGCUUUUGGCGGCCUUGGCUUUGAAAAUAUUCUCACUUUCUCAGAAGAGCAAUCAAUUCAGAGAUGGGUCGUUAAGCAGGAACUCCUCUCUUCAGAUGAUUUACACACCAAAAGUUAAUUAGAUCCAAGGGUCAUCGCCCUUGAGAUGUCGAUCUCUACUGAAAUCAUUUUAAAAUUGAUUUCCAAGUAAAAAUUGCUUUCGGACUUUAUCUUUUGCCAACGAUUAAGUAAUGAGUAAUGAGCCUUUGGUGGUGUGAGGAUUUUGCGUUCCGGGAAAGGUCGGGAGUGGCGCUGUCGAGUGCCGAGCGAGUGAAAUCGUUCUUCAUAUAAUAGGUGAGCGGACGGCGGCCUAUAGUCCAGUCAGUGGAACGCUGCCGCCGCGAGACAACACUGAACCUUCCAAACUUACCAUGAACGGAAUCUGCAAACGUCGUCGCCAACGCGACGCCUACGAGGAAAUUCAGCCUGACAAGGGAAUUUUCGUCAACCGGAGUUUGCACUUGGAAAAAAUCAAGUUUUAUGGUUUUGACAUGGACUACACUCUGGCUGAGUAUAAAAGCCCGCAAUAUGAGACGUUGGGCUUCAAUCUAGUGAAGGAGAGACUGGUGCACAUGGGCUACCCCACUGAGAUCCGCGAGUUUGAGUACGACCCGAGCUUCCCUGUUCGUGGCCUAUGGUUCGACACUACUUAUGGCAACCUGCUCAAAGUCGACGCCUACGGCAACAUCCUUGUCUGCGUGCAUGGCUUUGAAUUUCUCAAAUUUUCACAGGUGUACGAGUUGUACCCAAACAAGUUCCUGCAGCUCGACUACAACCGCCUCUACGUGCUCAACACCUUAUUCAACUUGCCCGAGACGUACCUGCUUGCCUGCCUAAUCGACUUGUUUUCCAACUCACCUGAUUUUGUCAGGGAGAAAACAGGUGUGAAAGGUGGAGACAUUUUCAUGUCAUACAAAUCCAUCUUCCAGGAUGUUCGCAACGCCGUCGACUGGGUUCACAUUCAUGGUGAUCUGAAAUCAAAGACUACUGAGAAUCCUGAGGAGUAUGUGAAGCGUGACCCUCGGUUGCCGACAGUGCUAGCUCGUAUCAGGGAGUCUGGAGGAAAAACUUUUCUUCUGACCAACAGUGACUACAAAUUCACUAACAGGAUCAUGACUUUCCUGUUCGACUUUCCUCACGGAGCACGGCCGGACGAGCCUCAUCGUGAUUGGAAGACCUACUUUGACUACAUCGUGGUGGACGCAUGCAAACCUUUAUUCUUUGGCGAAGGCACCAUCCUACGUCAGGUGGAUGCUCAAUCAGGUGCACUCAAAAUCGGUAUUCAUGUGGGGCCCAUCCAGCAAGGUUUCGUCUAUUCUGGAGGCAACUGUGACGUGUUCACGCAGAUGAUCGGAGCUAAAGGUAAAGAUGUACUCUAUGUUGGCGACCACAUCUUCGGUGACAUCCUAAAGAGCAAAAAGAUCAGAGGCUGGCGUACUUUCCUCGUCGUGCCUGAACUUGUGCAAGAGUUGCACGUCUGGACUGAUAAGUGCAGUCUUUUCCAGGAGUUGCAAGCUCUGGACGUUCGUCUGGGUGACAUGUACAAGAAUUUGGACAGCUCGGCCAAAGAGAAGCCGGACAUUUCAAAGCUGCGAGUUGCCAUCAGGGAUGCAACGCAUAAGAUGGACCUGACCUACGGUCUAAUGGGCAGCCUUUUCCGCUCUGGCUCUCGACAGACCUUUUUCUCAUCUCAGGUGGUUCGUUACGCCGACAUCUAUGCGGCGAGUUUGCUGAAUCUCAUCUACUACCCCUUCAGUUACAUGUUCAGGGCGCCUGCUAUGCUUAUGCCACAUGAGUCGACUGUAGCCCACGAACAGAGGUUCACAAUGGAGUCUCCAAUGAUCGCCAGGUCGCGAACUUACUCUGUUUUUGACCAGCCGCCUGUCGAAGAGGAACCUGAGCAAAUCAGCAAAAAGCCAAGUCGCCCAUUGGAGAGAGCGACGAGCCAGGUGCCGCAUGUGCGUCCUGAGACGCCGCGCCACGUGACGCACAACCACGACGAAGACUGCAGCGACGACGAGUCGGACGAGGCUCGUUCUGCCCACAGUGAACUUGACAAAGUGGCCGCCGACUUGGCCGCCCUCCAGAUGGCCCCUGCUGAGCAGGACGAGUGUCAGGUGCAGGACCUGGCUACGUCCUGUGUGCCGCCGCAAGCGUCCGGGGCCAUCAGCGAGCGCGCCCUCGUUGACUGAAGCCUCUUGUGAUAAAAACCGGAAUUCCUCUCUCAAGUCAUUUGAAUACACAUAAAACCGAGAGCUCAACUUUGAAUCCAAACAGAGAAUUUAGAAAAGAUGCUUCUCAGCUGCCGAGGUGUCUUGUGAUCGACGCACUACUUGCCUUGUUGAUUAUUAAUUCUACCCGACCAAGACUUUGCGAAGCAUUUAAUAAGCAAACCCUGGAAACACCAAAAUUCAUUGCUAUGCAUUGUCAUGUACGUCUCUUAUGUGUGUGUGUAUUUUUAUAGAAGGCGGACAUGCAGCACAAAUUCCAGCAUUUCCUCCAAAGCACAGACGGCUUAACCCCUUGUCUUCCUCGUUAGCUUCUCAACUCUUGAAAUCUCUUGAAAUGUAACGCAAUAAUAAAAUGCAUGGCGACCAUACCUGUCGCCUAGAUUUGCCAGCAUUCCGACAUUUUCAGGCCACUCGGGGCUUGCUUGCUUUUUUAUUUCUACUCGGAAAUAGCAUUACUAUUUGAAUCGCUGGAUGUUCAAAGUUUGUUCACGUUUGUUUUUUUUUACGAAAAGUGAUCUUUGACGAUUUUAUUUUAAAAGUCAAUGAGUGUCGUAUUUAUUCUGGUUAUUUACACACGUUCUAUUUUUUGCUUUUUUGUGGUUCUAUUAAAUUAAAUUAAAUAAAAAAAACGCGUAA